GGGAUGAACGUGUCAGAUGAAUCCUCCUACCAAGAGGAGGGGCUGCUGGGUAACUCCACCUGGGCGUACUCUUACUACCACCAAAACUACACCUUACCCCCUCCACUGCUGCCAGACAAGACCAGCACAUCCAAACCUGCAGCAUGUGAGCAAGUCCACAUUGCCGUAGAGGUCUUUCUGAUUCUGGGUAUCAUCUCCCUGCUGGAGAACAUCCUGGUCAUCACAGCCAUAGUAAAGAACAAGAACCUCCACUCACCCAUGUACUUCUUCGUCUGCAGCUUGGCAGUAGCUGACAUGCUGGUGAGUGUGUCCAAUGCUUGGGAGACCAUCAUCAUUUACCUCCUCAACAACAGACAGCUGGUGGUGGAGGACCACUUCAUCCGGCAGAUGGACAAUGUGUUUGACUCCAUGAUCUGCAUCUCUGUUGUUGCAUCGAUGUGUAGCCUCCUGGCAAUUGCAGUUGACAGGUAUGUCACUAUCUUCUACGCACUGAGAUACCACAACAUUAUGACAGUGAGGAGAGCUGGCUGCAUCAUCGGGGGAAUCUGGACCUUCUGCACAGGCUGCGGGAUCAUCUUCAUCGUCUACUCAGACACCACCCCCGUCAUCAUCUGCCUGGUCUCCAUGUUCUUCGCCAUGUUGCUCAUCAUGGCUUCUCUUUACAGCCACAUGUUCAUGCUGGCGCGUUCGCACGUCAAGCGCAUCGCCGCUCUGCCCGGCUACAACUCCAUCCACCAGCGGGCCAGCAUGAAGGGGGCCAUCACGCUGACCAUUCUCCUUGGGAUCUUCAUCGUCUGCUGGGCUCCCUUCUUUCUCCACCUGAUCCUGAUGAUCUCCUGUCCGCGGAACCUCUACUGCGUGUGCUUCAUGUCCCACUUCAACAUGUACCUCAUCCUCAUCAUGUGCAACUCUGUGAUUGACCCGCUGAUCUAUGCCUUCAGGAGUCAGGAGAUGAGGAAGACUUUUAAGGAGAUCAUCUGUUGUUACAGCUUGAGGAAUGCCUGCACCAACAUCUGUGCUCUGACGGGUAAGUACUAA